AUGACAGAUAUUUUUACUUGUAUUAAUACAAUUACAACAACAACAAUCACAUUUAAAAGUGUGAUACAGUCAGAGUAUAUCAAAAGAUUGAUAUUCAAUCAAGUCGAGUUGAUAUCAAAACAAUUGGCCAGUCAUGUAAAAGAAAAGGGACUAACCUCAUUUGAUCAAGGUAUAAUCAAUACAUCGUUAAAGGGAAAAGAUAUUGCAAAGUUGCCUAGAUUUGAAAUGAUUUCAAGAUUUGCAAUGCCAUGGAACUUUAUCAAACAUUAUCUUUCAUCACCAUCAGAACAACAGAAUGUUGUUGAUGGCACUGAUGAUGAUGACUCGACAAUCAAAGCAAGAUUAUUUGCAAUCUCUCGCUAUUGUGCACAUCAAAACGCAACAUUGGAUACACUCGAACAUCUUGUUGAAUGGACUCCUGCAUUUAAUCCUCAACUAGACGACAAGAACACAAACAGCUGUUACAGACACGUUCGAAAACCAUAUCAACCAGGAUAUGAAUUUGCAUCUAAUAUUGCAUCGGUUGGAAAUAUUGAUAUUCUCAGAUACCUUGUCACCAGAUAUCCCAAUAUCAAUCUUGCUGGUGCAAAAGAUAAUGCUGCCAAAUUUGGAUAUCUCUCGAUUAUGAAACUAUUGGAACCAUUUAAAACACCAUCAAGCAAUCACGGUGAAAGAGAAUACACUUCAAACUAUACUCUUUGUCGUGCAACUGGACAUUUCGAUAUUUUCAAGUAUCUUGUAGAGAAUCUAACCGAUAAAAGCUAUCUUAAAGAUACCUAUGGAUAUUUAGAGAGUGCAAUCAGUAGUGGUAAUUUAGAUUUUAUAAAGUAUGUUUAUGAAAAUGUGACCAAAAAUCCACGCUAUUCAGGAAUUGAUAAAGCUGCAGACAAAGGAUCCAUUGAAAUUAUUAAAUUUCUUCAUGAUAAUAAAGUUGGUGAAUCUGAUCAAUGGGAAGGGGCUAUGUCUCAUGCUGUAAUGAAUGGGCAUUUAUCAAUGGUUGAGUGGCUUCAUCAUAAUAGAACUGAAACAGGCACAACUGAUGAAAUGGACUAUGCUUGCCGAAAUGGUCACAUUUCCAUAGUUGAAUGGUUACAUUUUAAUAGAACCGAAGGAUGUACAACCAAAGCUAUGGAUUAUUCCAAAACUUUGGAAAUAGUUCAGUUUCUUCACAUCAACAGAACGGAAGGUGCAACAACAGAUGCCAUUGACAAUGCAUCGUCGAGAGGCAAUUUAGAUAUUAUAAAAUAUCUCCACUCUAACAGAACUGAAGGAUGUACCCCCAAAGCAUGGGAAAAUGCUAUAAAGAACAAUCAUAUCGAUGUUGUAAAGUUUUUGUAUGAACACAAGAUUGGACAAUGGACAGAAGAGGUAAUGAAUCAAGCAAUUACAUAUAAUUGUUCGAUAGAGAUGAUAUUAUUCAUUGACGAUAAAUUAAAAGUUGGAUGUACAUCACCUAGAUCUGUUGAAACUGCUGCAAAAAAUGGAAGAUUAGAUAUCAUUCAAUAUCUUCAACAACAUCACAAUACAACAUCAUCAUCAUCAUCAUCUAUUUGGACAUCUAAAAUAAUGGAUAAUGCUGUUGAAUAUGGACACAUUGAUAUUGUAAAGUUUUUACAUGACAAUAGAAGUGAAGGAUGUGGAGGAUGUGCUCUAUCCUCUGCAGCAGGAAAAGGUAAUUUAGAAAUGGUCGAGUUUCUUUACAAGAAUAUUGUCAACCAAUCAAAUUGUAAAGUGGACACAUAUAUUUCAAACGUACCUGUUAUGAAAUACCUUUUGGAAAACAAUUUGAUUGAUAUCAAUAGUGCCCAAUAUAAUUGUUGGGAUGAUGAUUACGAAAUUCAGGCACUCAUUAAGAAAUAUGAAGCCGCUGCUAAUGAGCAACCUAUCAAAAAGAUCAAAAAAGAUCCAGCCUAUUUUGAUGACCAAAUGCUUCUUCGUCUCUUUCCCAGAAAUUCGUUGCGUCCUUGUCACAAGUCGUUUCUUCGAUACCAUAUUCUUUCCAUUGUGGAUGCCAUCGCGUUGGUUACCAUUGGGUCUGUUUUGCUGCUGUCGAGGAGGUUGGAUCCCCAAUCGAUCUUGGGGAGUCCAUGUUGUUGGGCCACCUCUUUCAUCAUGUCAAUUACUUGCAGUGAUCAACUAGCUUUAGGUACUCUAGUCGAGUUGAUAUCAAAACAAUUGGCCAGUCAUGUAAAAGAAAAGGGACUAACCUCAUUUGAUCAAGGUAUAAUCAAUACAUCGUUAAAGGGAAAAGAUAUUGCAAAGUUGCCUAGAUUUGAAAUGAUUUCAAGAUUUGCAAUGCCAUGGAACUUUAUCAAACAUUAUCUUUCAUCAUCAUCAUCACAAAAUGUUGAUGGUGCCCAUGUUGAUGAUGACUCGACAAUCAAAGCAAGAUUAUUUGCAAUCUCUCGCUACUGCGCACACCAAAACGCAACAUUGGAUACACUUGAACAUCUUGUUGAAUGGACUCCUGCAUUUAAUCCUCAACCACAACAUCAAAAAGAUGAUCAUGAUGAUUGUUACAGACACGUUCGAAAACCAUAUCGACCAGGAGUAAGGAACUGUGGAGGACCUUCUUUUAAGUAUGAAUUUGCAUCUAAUAUUGCAUCGGUUGGAAAUGUUGAUAUUCUCAGAUACCUUGUCACCAGAUAUCCCAAUAUCAAUCUUGCAGGUGCAAAAGAUAAUGCUGCCAAAUUUGGAUAUCUCUCGAUUAUGAAACUAUUGGAACCAUUUAAAACACCAUCGAGCCCGCCGUAG